AAAGUGAAGUUGUGUCAGCUGGAGGCGGACGGACGCGCUGCAGGUCGCAGGAAUGUAAACUACGGGCCCAGAUGGACGAGACGAGUCCUUUGUUGGGCAGCCAGCCGCACCAGGAUCCAGACCUGGUGUCUCCAAACCUGAGGCCGAGACACCAGGAACUGAUCCCAACACCAUGUGGACCGAUAAAGCCCUGGUCCGAGCUGUCGGGCCUUUUGAGGCUCUAUUUCUGCUUCAGCACCGUGUCUCUGCUGGCGCUGCUCGGCCUCACAGCAUCCAGCAUCUACAAGCAGCACAUGGACGCAGAGGUGUCUGAUGAGGACAACUUCACCGUGUCUCUCAUCCAGCUGGUCGGGAUACUGUUCUGCAUCUACUACAUCAGCCGUGGCGUGUUGCAGGAGAACCGGCAGGAACUGGUGGCGUUUGUGCUCACCGUCUUGGUGGUCAUGAUUCGGUCGGUGGUUAACUUCUCCGUGCUGGGGUCGAAGGGCAAGCAGGAGCUGCUGGUUCGUUUCGUGUGCAUCAUGUGUCUGGGUGUCGUGCACGUCUUCUGCACCAUGCUGCUCAUCCGGAGGCCCAACAUGAUGGCGUUCCGCGUGGGUGGAGCCUUGGAGAGCCUGCAGGAGCAGUAUUUCCUGCUCAACCUCUGUUUCUCCAUGGUGACCUUUGACCUGCAGGCUCAGCUGUGUCUGUGCAUCCUGAUCACGACGUCAGACUCGGCCAUGUCCACCACCAACAGCAUCAUCCUGGGCGUGGGGGUGAUCUGGGCCUGCCUCACCGCUGCUGUGGGAGCUGGUGCAGUGUUGAAGGAGUCCAAGGGCUCGGUUUGGGCCUUCAUGGUGCUGAGUCUUCCUCAAGUCGCCUUCUUUGUGUAUCUGCUGUACACGGUUGUGGAGAAGUGGUUCCACGACAACACGUACACUCUGGAGGCAGCCGCCGUCACUGGAGCUUUGAUUUCGCUGGUGAUCAAAGUGGUUUUAUUCUGGGGCCUUAUCAGACUGGUGCACAGCUUUGGACAAGGCCUGAGAGAGAGAAUGUUUGCAUCCAGCUAGUCUUAACCCGUCAGGUCACACCUGCAUGCUGAGUGCCUAAUAACACAGUUAAGAAGCUUUAGCCGUGUGCCGCCGACCACGGAGCUCCGGUUUCAGCAUUAACUCCACCAAACUGAUCACUCUACUGUUAGUUUAGCCAAAUGUGUUGUUUACUGAGUAGAUUUUUUACUUUGGCCUGUUUACAGAAUUUUCCGUAAAUCAAGUUUAUAUUGUUUUCUGUUUACACCUGGUGUCUGUACCUGAACACUUUGCUGGGAUGAUGAUGUCUGAUCUACCUGCUAUUAACAUGCGUGGUCCAGAUCGUACCCACAGUGUGAACGCCAGCCGGCUGAUUUGGCUCAUCCCAGGCAGUAGAGCUGCUGUUUGGACUCAAACGUUACUGCUGCUACCUGCAGCUUUUCUCACACUUCUUUUGAUUCGGUUCCUUUCUUCAGAACAUGAUCACAGUUUCACAUUUGGCUGAGAUCUGAUCACGAUGGAUCCCCGAAUGUGGUCAGACUGAUGUGAUUCCAAUCUACGUCUUACGUGUGUUUUCCCUUGUAGAGAUAAUUUACACAGAUCAUACUUUCAGAACGGAUAUAGGAAAUAUAGUUUUAUACAUUUCAUCUACGACUACUAGAAGAACGCAUGCCUUCUCACACACUGGGUUAACGAGGAUUUUUAAUGAGUGUAUUUGCUCUGAUAAUAAAUCAAUCCAGCAGAAAUGCAUUUAUAAUGUAACUUUUUUUUUUACCUCAAAAGGUAAUUUUUGUUUGUUUGGUGUAAAUAAUAUUCGGGGUUUGACUGACUUUGAUUUGCUUUUUAAAACUGUAACUGUCUUAAAUUAGAUCCUGUGAUCUGUGGACUUCUGCUCUUUGGGAUAUUUUCAUUAUUAACUGAUGUCUUUUACUGAACUUUAUGCUGCACCUUAAUGCAUUCAAGUGUUUUUUUCAUCCAAAGUUCUUAAUAAAAUAUUAAAAGAAGA